AUGUACGACACCGCAGGGCCUAUUCGUCUGGAUUAUAUCAACCAGCAGCAUCUACCACGGCGGUACGAGUCGGACGAGGAGGAUAUCUCGGAGUCUGAAAUGGGUGGACACGACAAUGCUUUCUCUCCCGUGGAGGCUUAUGAGCCAUCAAAUUCCGACAUCAACGAGUCCGAGAUCGAGAGGCCCGGCUUCCCUCGGUUACUGCCUACAUAUUCAUCCUCCGGGAAAACGUCACGCCCGGUAUCAAUGGACACCAUCAAACGAAGCAGUGCUACGACAUUCGUAGCGGACUCGUACAUUUUCGAACAUGAUGACGACGUGAUCAUUGAGCUGCCAUCCCCUGACGCUGCAUCUCCCCUGCAAUCUCCAAUCUUCUUGCCUCCCAGUGUAUAUGUUCCCUCGGAGUCACCUGUGUCGACGAGACCUCAAUCUCUCGCCUCUAUUUCCUCGGCAUCGGUGUAUUCUGAUGAUGAGGAUUCGGGCCUGCUCGUAGCGGAGCAGGUCAAGAUCGUUGAACCCAUUGCAAAACCUAAUUUAAUCCUAAUCAGCCCAGUCUCCGAACACUCCCCCUCCCCCUUUAAGGACUCAACCCCUACACCUAAUACUAUCAAGGAUAAUUCAAACGAUAGCGGCUCUCAGGGGCUGUACUCGCAUCGACGGGCCGCGGCUUCUCAGCCCUUACUAUGGAACAAGUGGGAUCAAACUCCCGCGAAGAAUGAAGCAUUAAAACGAGGCAGCAUGCUGCUGACCACUCGUGAUCUUGAGCGGCUACCCAUGGUGGCAUCAGGCCCCAUCGUCAGCUCACCAGUCGAGGUGCAUGAACUGCCAUCUCCGAUGACACUUCCUAUGCACUCGAUGACAUUCCCACGCCCUGCAACUGCUGUGUCUGAAAAGGCCUCCUCAGAGAUGCAUUCCCGUCGCCCUACGGAUAUUCUCCGCCGUCCGCCAUCGAUCAAGAGUCUGAGCAGCGCGAGCCUUCCGUUCUUUCACGGCCGUCAAGCCCCUACCAGUGCUGAUGCCGACUCUCGGACGAGGUCUAUGUCUUACACUCACUCGAGUGCCAAAUCUGUGCAUGGAUUACCAUUGCAGUCUAGUUGCCCGCCAUCUCGUACCGCUAGCCCUUCUCCAUAUUAUUCCUCCCCCUCUUUCACUCGUGAGCGAUCCGGCUCCACCUAUAGCACUUCCAGUUUUGGUCGCACCCCCACGCCACUCCGACAGCCCCUGAAGAAAACCUCGACAUCCUCUAGCAUCUACUCGUCCAGCAGUCUCCGGUCUGAGGUCGAGAGCGUCCACAGCUUGGACCCCCGGGAUGUGGCUGAGACCGAUUUCCAGCAGAAAGUUAAGCGAAAGAAAAGUCUGCGACGCAUCCGGCAGUCGACCGUCGAAUCUUUCGACCCGGCUGGAAAAAAGAGCUUCAUGGGGUUUAUGUUCGGAUCCAAGCGGAAGUCCACCAUCAAAAGUCUUAAUGCUUAA